AUGGGAGGCCCUAAGUUAUCGGGUCUUUGCACAGCGGGAGCCAUCAACGUGGCCAGUCUCCGAGCCCCGACACACCUCAGCUCGGAUCCUCUUCAUCGAGUCGGCCUGCGUCAGAUUUUUCGCCCAAAAUGUCAUACAGUUGUGGCAACCGAUCGACUCAGUCUUGUUGUCACUCGUCUUGCCGCUCGGCCGGCCUCUCGGUAG